AUGGCUUCCAAAACUUUGGUUUUCCUUUCCAUGAUGACAUUGAUCCCAUCCCUCAUUAUGAGUGCAAGCAAUGCAAGGAAACUUUCUGCAGGGAUCGAAACCAGCAGUGAUGAAGGCAAAGGCGGCCUAGUGGAAUGCGGAAAUGCGCUGGUGGAGCUGAAAUCUUGCUCGCAAGAAAUUGUCGUGUAUUUCCUUAAUGGGAAGGCUGAUAUUGGCGUGGACUGUUGCAAAGCCAUCGCCACGAUUACGCGUCACUGCUGGCCUGCAAUGCUCACCUCCCUUGGCUUCACUGUAGAACAAGGUGACGUCUUACGAGGCUACUGCGAUGUUGCGGCUGCUGUGACUGCUACUGCUCCUGCUGCAGCGCCAGUUGCGCAUAAAACUCCUCUUACAAGUUGUUGA